AUGAACUGGAGCAUGAGUUCUGAUUGCUGCAUGUGGGAGGGAGUUACCUGCAACCAGGUGACAAGGGACGUGAUCGGACUGGACUUGAGUUGCAGCCAGCUUGUCGGAACCAUCCUUCCCAACAGCACCCUCUUCCAACUUUCUCACCUCCAGUCCCUCAACUUGAGUCGCAAUGAUCUAUGUGGAGUAUUACCUGAAGAUAUUUUCCACCUACCCAACUUGCAAAAGUUUCGUUUAACGUUUAACUCCCAUCUCACUGUUACUUUACCGAAAGUCAAGUGGGGAAGUAGUGGAAGUCUCCAGAAUCUUUUCCUUCGAUAUGUAUCCCUAAACGGAGGAAUUCCUGAUUCAGUUGGCUACCUCGAGUCCUUAAGAUCUUUGUCACUCCGAGCCUGCAAUAUCUCUGGGCCAAUUCCAAUAUCAAUGGGGAACCUUACUCAACUUCAUGAGUUGGACCUCGGUUCCAAUCACAUUAUUGGACAAAUUCCAAUGUCCAUGGGCAACCUUACUCAACUUACUGAUUUUGAUCUCCGAUCAAAUCAAAUUACUGGCCAAAUUCCCAACUCUUUAGCUAAUCUUCAAAAUCUAAAAGUCCUUUCACUCGGUCAAAACAAUUUAAUUGGCCAGUUCCCAUCUUGGGUUGGCAACUUAAGACAACUAGUAAAUUUAUUCUUAUCAAGUAAUUCAUUUACGGGAUCCUUGCCAUCAAACGUAACUGCUCUCUCUUUCCCAAGACUAGCUACUCUGGAUUUGUCGUAUAACAUGCUAAAUGGAACUAUACCAUCUUGGUUGUUUGAUCAUUCGAUAGAAGGUUUAUAUAUAGGUAGUAAUGGGUUCACAGGUAAGCUAAAUGAGUUUGAUUCCUCUAGGUCAGCACUGGAGUCAUUUUCUUGUAGCCAAAAUUUGCUAAGUGGAACCAUUCCGCAAUCCUUCUAUGAACCUGUAAACCUCAGCGAUCUAGACUUUUCAUCAAACAAUUUCAGCGGUGUCUUUGAUGUUGAAAAGUUAUCACAUCUGGAGCAUCUAUAUGGUCUUGCACUUUCUAAUAAUAGUCUAUCUGUAAGAUAUACACAUUCGACUACUCUCAGUCCAGAUAUUGGAUAUUUGGGUUUGUCAUCUUGCAAGAUCACCAAGUUUCCACAUUUCAUUAAAGGAUCUUCAUUCCUUGGAUAUCUAGAUCUGUCGAACAAUCAAAUUGAUGAAGAAAUUCCUCAGUGGAAUGCUUCAACAUCAUUAGAAAGCCUUGGUCUUUACUACCUGGAUCUAUCAAACAACCAAAUUUAUGGAGAAAUACCUCAGUGGAUUGAGUCCAUGUUGCAGACUUCGCUAGAAUAUUUGAAUCUUUCCCACAACAGCCUGACAGGGGGCUUCCAGUAUCUUUCAGCUGAGAAUAUUCAUUCUCUCGAUCUCCACUCUAAUAUGCUCAAUGGAUCUUUGCCCGCCUCUAUCUGCAAUUCGAGCUUUCUCCAUAUUCUCAAUCUGUCUUAUAACAAUUUCAGCGGUGUACUUCCUACAUGUCCAAGAAGUGUAAACAACAUUCUUUCGGUGUUGGAUCUGAGGAUGAAUAAUAUCACAGGAAGUCUUCCAUCAGCUUUACCAAAUUUUCGCGAGCUGAGAACUUUGAAUUUGAAUAGCAAUAAGCUGGAAGGAACAAUUCCUGUCUCUUUUGCCAAAUUUUCAUACUUGGAAGUUCUUGAUAUCGGAAGUAAUCAAAUACAUGAUACCUUCCCCCACUGUCUAGAGUCACUUCCAACUCUACAAGUUCUGGUCUUGAAAUCCAACAAAUUCCAUGGUUUCAUAAGCAACGAUACAAAGAUAGAGCAUCCAUUUCCUAGCUUGAGAAUCAUUGACCUUUCAUGCAACGAGUUUUCGGGCCUUCUGCCAGAAAAAUAUAUCAAAAACUUCAAUGCUAUGAUGAAUGGUGAUGUCACCAAGGUACAGCUGAAUUACAUGGGAGAUUCUUCUUACAGUGAUUCUAUAACUGUAGUGAUCAAAGGGGUAGAGAUUGAACUUGUCAGGAUUUUAACUGUUUUUACAACCAUUGAUCUAUCAAGAAACAAGUUUGAGGGGGAGAUUCCUGAAUAUAUUGGAAAUUUAAAGUCACUCCGAUAUCUUAAUUUAUCUCACAAUCAUCUCUCAGGUCAAAUUCCACAUUCGAUUGGGGAAUUGUUACUGCUAGAGUCACUAGACCUCUCUUUCAACCAACUCACGGGAGUCAUUCCACCGCAGCUCACAUGCAUAUAUUUUCUGUCACGUCUAAAUCUCUCUAGUAAUAAUCUUAGCGGUCGUAUUCCACAAGGACCUCAGUUCCAAACAUUUGAAAAUGAUAGCUAUGCUGGGAACUUGGGACUAUGUGGAAGUCCAUUGUCCAAGAAGUGCAUUACUGAGACACAAGUAGGAAAAAAUGAAGAAGAAAUAGAAGAAGAUGAUGAUCACUUCUUUUGUGGUUUUAGUUGGAAAUCUUUAGUGAUAGGAUAUUGCUGUGGAGUGGUGCCAGGAUUUGUUGUAGGCUACAUGAUGUUCAUGGCUGGAAAACUGAAAUGGUUUACGAGAGUUAUUGCUAGAGGACUGGGCCUAAAAGUCAGAAGGUUGGAGAUUAGAAGAAGAUGA